CGUCGGCUUUCAUAAUCUGACUUUUUAGAUGUGGGUCCCUUCUUCCCCCAUCGCGCCUUCUCCCCUAAAUUGAACCAAAAUCCAGCUCUGUUGCCUGCAAAUCUCCGCCCUUCUUCAUCAUAAUCACCAUUUCUAUGUUACCAAGAGGUUUUACAGGGACGCCUAUUUGAAGAAAAUAAAGAUUAAAAAGCGUUGCGCUUCCCUUCUGGUUAUUCUUAAUUUGAUGGCAUCGGAUUGGGGUUUGAUAAACAUUCUUAUUACUGGGUUUUGAUGGAUUUCUUGUUUCUCUUGGAGGAAACUAAUAAUGUCACGAUUUUCUAUUGGCAAGCUCAUUAAGAUUUGAAUCCUUCUCUCGCUAUCCCCUAUCCAUCUCCUUUUUUAUGGGAUUGGAAUUUGUUUUUUAAUGGGAUUUGAUGGUUUCAAAGGAUGUGUACAUAUGGAGUAUCUUGUAGAGUAUAAAAGCUUUAUUGAAGGAGAAGGAGAGAUCUAGCUAGUUUUAGUUUUUCAUAUAAUCAAUGGAAGGAGGAGAUGCUAAUAAUUCUUGGAUAAGGAGAGCCAAAUUCUCACACACUAUUUACCACAGAGUAGGUUCUUCUAAGUUUCCAUUGUUAAUCGAUCCUCUCAGCUUCAAGAAUGAUAGAUUGCCCAUUGUUUCAAAAUCAAAAUCAGAUGCCUCACUUGCUUUCACUGUCCAACUUGUUCGUGAACAACUUCCUUCUCUUCAUUCAAAAUCAAUUUCUCCACCUGCACAGAUUCUCAGGAACAAACACAGAACUGUUUCCCCUGUGCCACAGACUAAACUUUCUGAUGCCUUUAAGGAAGCUAGAUCAGAUCGACAGAGAUUCUCAACACCCCAUCCUCAAAGAAAACAAUCUGAUCACAAAUUCAAACUCUCACCCAAAAAGGAUUCUUCCUGGAAUAAGUACUUCGAUCAUGGAAUUGGAAGGGUUGCCUCUGUAGGAACAUCAGACGAAUUCAAACUCGAUUUCUCAAAACUGUACAUUGGCAAGAAGUUUGCUCAUGGUGCACAUAGCCAGCUUCACCAAGGAAGUUACAUGGGACAAUCAAUUGCAGUGAAAAUGACUCAGGUUCCAUUAAAUCACCACGAGGAUGGUGAAGAUGAAUAUGAAGAUGAAACAGAACCAUCUCUAUCUGCCAGACUUGAGAAUCAAUACAACAGAGAAGUUAAGAUUCUAUCUCAUCUCCACCAUCAAAACGUUAUAAAGUUCAUAGCAGCAGGCAGAAGGACGCCGGUUUUCUACAUUAUCACUGAAUAUCUACCAGAAGGUUCGCUCAGGUCAUACCUCCACAAGCUUGAGCAGAAUAAAGAAUCACUUCCAUUACAGAAACUUAUUGGGAUUGGUUUAGAUAUCGCUAGAGGAAUGGAAUACAUACAUUCUCAAGGAAUCAUUCAUCGGGAUCUGAAACCUGAGAAUGUACUCAUAACAAAAGAUUUCCACAUGGAAGUGGCUGAUUUUGGAAUAGCAUGCGAGGGAUCGUCGCAGUAUGUUUUGUCUGAUGAUCCUGGGACUUAUCGUUGGAUGGCACCUGAAAUGAUCAAACGUAAACCGUAUGGUAGAAAAGUCGAUGUUUACAGCUUUGGACUCAUUUUGUGGGAAAUGGUAGCCGGAACUAUUCCUUACCAACAUAUGACUCCAAUCCAAGCUGCAUUUGCUGCCGUGAAUAAGAAUGUGAGGCCGGACAUGCCAGGAGACUGUCCUGCUCCUAUGAGAGCAUUGAUAGAGCAGAGUUGGUCGAUGCAACCGGAGAAGAGGCCGGAGUUUUGGCAGAUAGUGAAGGUAUUGGAGCAGUUUGAGACUUCACUUGCGCAUGACGGAAUUUUAGCUCCCUUGAUAAAUCAAACAUGUCAAGAUCAUAAAAAGGGUCUUCUCCGAUGGAUUCAGAAGCUUGGUGCAACACGAUCUGGUGGUUUGCCUGUUCAAAAAUCGAGACUCUCGCAGAGUUGAUCGAUCAUUUAUUUGUAUGUAACAAAGGUUUCUUUUUAUAUUGUUGAAUUUUAGCUGUUUGAAGAUGAUGACAUGGUUUGGGAAGAUUGAGAAAAAAAGAGGAAAAGGGAUUGGAAUGUUUUAUUUGAUCAAAUUUACAUAAAUGAAUGUUUAUUGUU